AUGGCCAACCGCGAUCCCACCACUCUGUCCAACUACUCGGCUUGGCGCACCAAGCACACCACCGUCAACUUCAAGCUGGACUUUGACCAGAAGCUCCUCAAGGGCACCGCCACGCUGCAGCUCGAAAGCCAGACCGAUAAGGGGAGCAACGAGGUCAUUCUCGACACCAGGUUCAUCAACGUCCAGGGCGUCAAUGUCAACUCGGCCGAGACCGAGUGGGAGCUGAAGCCUCACAGCGACCCCUUUGGCGCUCCUCUCCGCAUUUCUGUUCCCGAGGGCGCCGCCAAGGGAGACGUCAUCAAUGUUGCCAUAGAUCUGGAGACGACGGCAAAAUGCACUGCUUUGCAAUGGCUCACCCCUGCUCAGACGUCCAACAAGAAGCACCCUUACAUGUUCUCGCAAUGCCAGGCCAUCAAUGCCCGGUCCAUCUUCCCUUGCCAGGACACUCCGGAUGUCAAGUCUAGCUUCACGUUCAAGCUCACUUCUUCAUUGCCUGUCGUGGCUAGUGGUGUUCCUGUUGGAGACCACACCCCGGCCGUGGGCACCGAGAAGACAUACGAGUUUGAGCAAAAAGUUCCCAUCCCGUCGUACUUGUUCGCCGUUGCCUCUGGUGAUAUUGUAUCCGCCAAGAUUGGCUCGAGAAGCGUGGUUGUUACAGGACCUAACGAUUUGGAUGAGUGCAGGUGGGAGCUGGAGCGGGACAUGGACAAGUUUAUGGAGGUUGCUGAAAAGCUCGUCUUUCCUUACAAGUGGGGAGAGUACAAUGUUCUUGUUCUGCCUCCCAGCUUUCCCUACGGAGGCAUGGAGAACCCCAUUUACACAUUUGCUACCCCUACCAUCAUCAGUGGUGACCGUCAGAAUGUGGAUGUCAUUGCCCACGAGCUGAGCCACAGCUGGAGUGGUAACCUGGUUUCCAACGCAAGCUGGGAGCACUUCUGGCUCAACGAAGGAUGGACUGUCUACCUUGAGCGCAGAAUCCAGUCAGCCAUCCACGGUGAAGCCGAGUUUGACUUUUCUUCAAUCAUUGGCUGGAAGGCUCUUGAGGACUCGGUCGAGCUCUUCGGCAAAGACCACGAGUACACCAAGCUCAUAAUCAGCCACAAGAAUGUCGAUCCCGAGGACGUCUACAGCACCAUCGCUUAUGAAAAGGGCUUCCACUUCCUGUACUAUCUCGACCGACUCGUCGGCCGCGAAGCCUUUGACAAAUUCAUCCCUCACUACUUUGCCACGUGGUCCGGCAAGUCUCUCGACUCUUUCGAGUUCCGGGACACCUUUAUGGACUUCUUCAACAGUCUAGGUGACGAGGCUAUCAAGCAGAAGAUUGCCACCAUCGACUGGGACGGUCGCUUCUACACCCCUGGUCUGCCUCCCAAGCCAGACUUUGACCUGACCAUGGUGACUGCUUGCUACGAGCUGGCCACCAAGUGGAAGGAUGUUGUGGGUUCAACUCUUCAAUCUCACGUGGAUCGAAAUUCGAAGCAUGCUGACAGGCGCCAGUCAUUCGAACCCAAACCAGAAGACGUCUCAUCUUUCACGGCCAACCAAAAAAUCGUCUUCCUCGACAAGCUUCAAGAAUCCGGGCCCCUCUCUGCCGAGCGUGCCCAGCUGCUCGGAAAGAUGUACGACUUCAUCACUUCCAAGAAUGUCGAGCUCAAGUCCUCGUACUACCGCGUUGCCCUGGACGCCAACGACCCUACGUGCGUGUAUGGCGUCGCUGAGCUGCUGGGCUCCGUAGGCCGCAUGAAAUUCGUCCGCCCUCUGUUCCGAGGCCUGAACAAGGUGAACCGCAAAUUAGCUCUGGAGACGUUUGAGAAGAAUAAGGAAUUUUAUCACCCAAUCUGUAGGGGCAUGGUUGAGAAGGAUUUGGGCAUUCACAGUUAG